AAAGCAUCACAGGUCUGUUUGCUUUGGCAUUACAACAUCUAAACAGAGAAGUGUUUCAGUCGCUGUGUUUCUGCUGAAAUCACACACAGACUUUUAUUUUGUCGUUUCUCCUGUAGCAGUCUGAUCAUUAGGUGAUGAGUUUUGUGACAGUCCAGUCUGUGAACAUCAUGACAGACAUCAUGUUACUGAGUCUCCUCUUUAUUCCAAACACUUUGGCUGCUUGUCCUUCAAACACACACCUGUUCAUCACUGCACCAACAGAGAUGGAAGCUCUGAGUGGAUCUUGUUUACAAAUCCCAUGUAACUUUAGUGCUGCUGGCCCAGAAAAGUUUGACAGCACAAGACAUGUCUUUGCAGUGUGGAUUAAAAAUCAUUCGAAUGUUUUUGCACAUCCAAACAAUGAGAUCUUCAACAGCAGUGGGACAGUUAAUAUCUAUCCAGUGAAGAUUACAGGAAACCUGAAGGAGAAAAACUGCACCACUCUGUUUUCCAAUUUAAACACAACUUAUACAAACACAUACUACUUCAGAAUUAUGAACUGGCCGUUCAGAGCAACAGCUGCUUGUGAUCCUCUUAAAAUAAAAAUUAAAGAUUCUCCUUGGAGGCCCAAUAUUACAGUCCAAGGUGAUCUGAAGGAGAAGGAGUCUGUCACUAUAACCUGCUCAGCUCUCACUCCCUGUCCACACUCCCCUCCUCAACUCACCUGGAAUCUCACACAAGACUCUCAAAACAAAAUAGAGGAAAACACAGAUGGAAGCUUUACAACUAAAAUCCAGCAGACCAUCACUCUGUCAGACACACAUGAUGGAAAGAAGAUCAGCUGCUCUGCCAGAUAUCCUGUGAACCAAGGAAAAGACACCAAGACAGCAGAGACAGAAGAGACUCUCAGUGUUUCAUAUGCUCCUAAAGACACCUCAGCAUCCAUCAGUCCAUCAGGUUUGGUGUCAGCAGGCAGCUGGGUGAACCUGACCUGCUCCAGCAGAGCCAAACCUCCAGUCAGCAGCUUCACCUGGUUCAAGAAGAGCAGAGCUGUGAAAGUAUCUGAAGGAGAGAUUUACAGCUUCAAUGUAACAGAUGGAGGAGUUUAUUACUGUGUGGCCACUAAUGAUCUGGGUAAUCAGACAUCUGCAGAGAUUAACGUGACUGUUGGAGGAGAGCAGAGGCCUAUCUCUUUCCCAUGGUGGCUGCUUCUCGGAGGAAUCCUUGGGAUGAUGUUACUCUGCUUGAUUAUCUUUGUUUGGUGCUUAAAGUCAAAGCAUCAAACUCAACAACAGACUCAUAAUCAAAAAAGUGAAGAGCUGGUUGUUGAAGAGCCAGCAAGUAAAUCAGAAGGAGAAGAAGAAAACAUCCAUUACGGAGAGAUCAACUUCUCUGUGCUGAGAAAUGAAGCAUCCUCUGACUCAGUGCAGGACAGAGGACAGCAGCAGGAUACAGUGUACGCACAGAUAAAUGUCAUUGAGCCAAAAAACACAGAGCGCGCUCACGGCCAAGAGGAACUGUAUGCUGAGGUCAAGAAAAAGUUAUAAGAUUACAUUAACAAA